AUGGGUGGUGCACUAUGUUGUAAUCAUUCGAAGGAUAAUCAGAUGUGCCGUGAUGUUUGUGAGCAGAUUUUCUCCUCAAAAAGUGAAUCCCGACUGAAACACCUAUUACAACGAGCCCCAGAUUAUUGCCCAGAAACAAUGGUUGAAAUUUGGAGUUGUAUGAAUUCAUCUUUGCCAGGUGUGUUUAAGAAGUCUGAUGGCUGGGUUGGCUUAGGCUGUUGUGAGCUGGCAAUUGCGUUGGAGUGUCGACAGGCAUGCAAGCAGGCAUCUUCAAAGAAUGAUAUCUCCAAAGUUUGCAGAAAAGAAUAUGAGAAUGCUCUUUUCAGUUGCAUUAGCAGGAAUGAAAUGGGUUCGGUGUGCUGCAGUUAUGCAGGUCAUCACACAAAUUGCCGAGAAUACUGUCAAGCCAUUUUCCGAACAGACUCUUCUCCUGGUCCAUCUCAGAUCAAAGCAGUGGAAAAUUAUUGUGCCUCUAUUAGUCCACAAUUAAUACACUGUGUGAACAAUUACACCCAGUCUUAUCCAAUGAGGAACCCAACAGAUAGUUUAUAUUGCUGUGACAGAGCUGAAGACCAUGUGUGCCAAAAUGCCUGCAAGAGAAUUCUGACGUCUAAGAAAACAGAAAUGGAGAUUGUUGAUGGUCUCAUCGAGGGUUGUAAGACCCAACCCUUACCUCAGGAUCCUCUUUGGCAGUGCUUUCUUGAAAGCUCACAGUCUGUUCACCCUGGAGUCACUGUACACCCUCCUCCUUCUACCGGCCUUGAUGGGGCUAAAUUGCAUUGUUGUUCCAAAGCCAACACUUCAACUUGUAGGGACUUGUGCACUAAACUUUACAGCAUGAGCUGGGCCAAUACACAGAGUUGGCAGGAAUUUGACCGCUUCUGUGAAUAUAAUCCAGUGGAAGUAUCCAUGUUGACCUGUCUAGCAGAUGUCCGGGAACCUUGCCAGUUGGGCUGUAGAAAUCUUACUUAUUGUACUAAUUUUAACAAUAGGCCAACAGAACUUUUUAGGAGUUGUAAUGCUCAGUCAGAUCAAGGAGCCAUGAAUGACAUGAAGCUGUGGGAGAAAGGAAGUAUAAAGAUGCCAUUUAUCAAUAUACCUGUUCUUGAUAUUAAAAAGUGCCAGCCAGAAAUGUGGAAAGCAAUAGCUUGUUCACUGCAGAUUAAACCUUGUCACAGUAAAUCUCGGGGAAGUAUUAUUUGCAAAUCAGAUUGUGUGGAGAUUCUUGAAAAAUGUGGAGACCAGAACAAAUUUCCUGAAGACCACACAGCUGAAAGCAUUUGUGAGCUUCUGUCACCGACAGAUGACCUGGAGAAUUGUAUACCCUUAGAUACAUACCUCAGGCCCAGUACUUUGGGUAAUAUUGUGGAAGAAGUGACUCAUCCCUGUAAUCCAAAUCCCUGCCCGGCCAGUGAGCUCUGUGAAGUGAACCGAAAAGGGUGUCCAUCUGGAGAGCCCUGCCUUCCAUACUCUUGUGUUCAAGGCUGCAAAUUAGGAGAAGCUUCUGAUUUCAUUGUCCGUCAAGGGACACUGAUCCAAGUGCCAUCAUCUGCAGGAGAAGUUGGCUGUUAUAAAAUCUGCUCCUGUGGACAAAGUGGACUCUUAGAAAACUGUAUGGAGAUGCAUUGUAUAGAUCUCCAAAAGUCUUGUAUUGUCGGAGGAAAAAGAAAAAGUCAUGGAACAUUCUUUAAUAUCGACUGCAAUGUCUGUUCUUGUUUUGCUGGCAAUUUGGUGUGUUCUACCCGCCUCUGCCUCAGUGAGCACAGUUCAGAAGAUGACCGCCGCACCUUCACAGGUCUGCCUUGUAACUGUGCAGAUGAGUUUGUCCCUGUGUGUGCACAGAACGGACGCACUUACCCCAGUGUCUGCAUUGCUCGCUGUGUGGGUCUCCAGGACCGUCAGUUUGAGUUUGGGUCAUGCAUUUCAAAGGAUCCUUGUAAUCCUAAUCCCUGCCCCAAAAAUCAAAGGUGUGUAUCCAAACCCCAAGUCUGCCUGACGACUUUUGAUAAAUUUGGUUGUAACCAAUAUGAGUGUGUGCCAAGACAGCUCUCCUGUGACCAGGUCCAAGAUCCUGUUUGUGACACAGACCACAUGGAGCACAAUAAUCUCUGCACAUUAUACCAAAGAGGAAAAAGCCUCUCUUACAAAGGCCCAUGCCAGCCUUUCUGCACAGCCACAGAGCCUGUCUGUGGGCACAAUGGUGAGACCUUUCAGAGCAUGUGUGCUGCCUACUCGGACCGUGUGGCAGUUGACUACUAUGGGCCCUGCCAGGCUGUUGGGGUCCUCUCGGAAUACAGCUCUGUUGCCGAGUGUGCUGCUGUGAAAUGCCCUUCGCUCUUGGCUGCUGGUUGCAAACCCAUCAUCCCACCCGGUGCUUGUUGCCCAUUAUGUGCUGGAAUGUUAAGAGUUUUAUUUGACAAAGAAAAACUGGACACUAUUGCUAAGGUGACAAACAAAAAGCCAAUAACAGUUCUGGAAAUACUUGAGAAAGUCCGCAUGCAUGUGUCUGUCCCACAGUGUGACGUGUUUGGAUACUUCAGCAUUGAGUCUGAAAUUGUGAUCCUGAUAAUUCCUGUUGAUAACCACCCGAAAGCUUUGCAGAUUGAGGCCUGUAAUAAGGAAGCAGAGAAGAUUGAAUCCCUUAUCAACUCGGAUAGCCCCACCUUGGCGUCCCAUGUCCCUCUCUCUGCCCUCAUCGUUUCCCAGGUGCAGGUCUCCAGCAGCCUGCAAUCUGCAGGCAUCAGAGUCCUUCCUCCCUGCCACCUCCUCCUCCUCCUCAGCCUGGGCCUCGCCUUGCACAUGCUCUGGAUACAGCCCUGAUGCACACGUGUACACAGGGUGCACAGUGUCCCUCAGCCCGACUCUUCUACCUUGUGAGCGAUAUUCAGGACUACUGGUCGGUAGUCGGAUCGUGGCCAAGCAAAAGCACAUGUCACCUCUUUUCACCACACAGUAUUUUUUUAAUUGCAAAUAUUGGUAAGGUUUUUGUCCUGUUUUUACAAAUGUUAAUAUUCUCUCAAGUGCUAAGGAAAGAGGGUGCCUCUUUGUGGUGAUCACUGCCUCAUGAUUUACAUUUUGUUCAGUGGAUGGGUCCUCCACUCUAAAACAAAUUUAAUAUCACUAGUAAUGAUUGCUGCGUAGAAGAAGAACUCACUUUGCUGUUGGGUACAUAUCACAAAAACUUCAUUUCAAAGUUCGUUAAGUGCUGUUUGCCCUUGUAUUUGUUUUUGUGUACUAAUGCUACCUUCUGUAUCUAGAAGCAGGGGUGGGCUGGCUGGGCAACAGCCACUGCUAUUAGCAUGAAGUAAAAACAAAGCUUCUUUGAAAUUACCAUAUAAAUCAUUGGGUAGAUUUAAGUUAAUUUACAGAAAUUUAAUUCAGGACCCCAUCUACUGUAUAAGCUGACACUCCUACAAUGAUAUGUUGUAAGUGACAGUCUUGGCCGUCACUGAUUUGUGCCUAGGUUUUCUUUAAAAGGGAAAGGUUACAUUUCAUCAAAACAUCAUGCAAUUUUAUAUUAAAACCAGAUAUAUAUUCUUUGGUAUUCAUGGACUUAAGUUUAGAGUUGUUAAACAUCAAUCUUUAAACCAGUUGCUGCUACUUUAUAUAAUUGCCAAAAAGUUAAAUACUUAGUAGUUCAUGUAAAUAAUACAUGAUUAUUCUAUUUUAUUAUGAAGAAGGUGAAUAGCCAUAUUUGUAAAAUGACAAUCAUGUGUGUUAAUGCAGUACUUUCCGUUCACAAAGACACAUUUGCUUUUUGUGAUGUGCACAAUGUAGAUAAAUGUUCUGUCUUUCUAUUUUGAUAUAGAAUUAUAAAGAAUUGUGGUUUAUAUAUUUAAAAUAUCAAGCUAUUAAAAUUUUUGCAUGUCGUCUAAGAAAUUGGAUUCUUUGAAUGUGUUUCACUGUUUGAAAUAAGCUAUUCAGUGUAAUACUUCUUGUUUGUAUGCACCUAAACUUAGUUUUUACAUGAAGUAUUUUUUCAGUAUUACAUGUACCCUCUGAAAUAUAUAGGGAUAUGCUUAUUAUACCAAAAUGUUUUGAAAAGUGGGCACUUAAAG